UGUACACUGAUGGACGAUCUGUAGUUUGGAAAACAAGAAAGGAGCGAUCAUUUCCGGAUUGAUCACAUCUGAGGCGCUCACACAGUCUUCAGUGCGACCACCUGCGCGUGAAUCCAGAAAAGGCGGUGGCUGUCCAGGAAAAAAAAAUAAAAGCAGCUGAGUGUGAGCAUCUGUGCAUCUACUCCCCGGGAAACCUUACCUCUCUUCCCCCCUUCUCCAAAGCCAGUAAGGCAUGUCGACCGCCGGGGAAGUACCAGCCUUUUUUAAGAGCAUGGGUUCGGACAGCCCAGCCAGGCCGAGGCAGCAGUUCUGUGGCAUGUUUUGCCCAGUGGAAGGCUCCUCGGACAGCAAGACGCUGGACUUUGAUGCCUUCUCGGCGUGCAAAGGAAAGCGUGACAGCCGAGUCAUUGACCGGCAGACCGACAUCUCUCAACCGAAGAAGGUGGAGAUCCGGGAGAGCACCGGGAAGGAAGCUCUGCAGAAUUUGGAUGAUAAGAGGAGCGACCGUCUCCUGAUCAAAGGGGGGAAGAUCGUGAACGAUGACCAGUCCUUCUGUGCUGACAUUUACAUGGAGGAUGGAGUCAUCAAACAAAUUGGGGAAAAUCUCAUUGUUCCCGGAGGGGUAAAAACCAUCGAUGCCCACGGCCGCAUGUUGUUGCCGGGUGGCCUCGACGUGCACACGCGGUUCCAGAUGCCGGAUCGAGGCAUGACGUCUGCUGAUGACUUCUACCAGGGGACCAAGGCCGCUUUAGCCGGAGGAACCACCAUGAUCAUUGACCACGUGAUCCCUGAGCCUGGCGUCAGCCUCAUCUCGGCCUUCGAGCAGUGGCGCGAAUGGGCCGACAGCAAGUCCUGCUGUGACUACUCGCUGCACGUCGACAUCACUGAGUGGCACAAAGGCAUCCAGGAGGAGAUGGAGGCGCUGGUGAAGGAUCAUGGUGUCAACUCCUUCCUGGUCUACCUGGCUUAUAAAGACGUGUUCCAGCUCACUGACGCUCAGGUGUACGAGGUGUUCAGUGUGAUCCGGGAUUUGGGAGCCAUUGCUCAGGUGCACGCAGAGAACGGAGACAUUGUGGCUGAGGAGCAGCGCAGGAUCCUGGAGCAAGGGAUCUCUGGGCCUGAGGGACAUGUGUUGAGCCGUCCUGAGGAGGUGGAGGCGGAGGCCGUUAACCGCUCUGUGACCGUGGCCAAUCAGACCAACUGCCCACUCUACAUUACCAAGGUGAUGAGCAAGAGCGCUGCUGAUGUCAUCGCUCAGGCUAGGAAGAAAGGAACUGUGGUCUAUGGAGAGCCAAUCACUGCAAGCCUGGGAACAGACGGUUCUCACUAUUGGAGCAAGAACUGGGCUAAAGCCGCUGCCUACGUCACGUCCCCUCCCCUGAGCCCCGACCCGACCACGCCCGACUAUCUCAACUCCCUGCUCUCCUGCGGUGACCUUCAGGUGACAGGAAGCGCACACUGUCCCUUUAACACGGCCCAGCGUGCUGUUGGCAAAGACGACUUUAGCUUGAUUCCUGAAGGCGUCAACGGCACUGAGGAGAGGAUGUCCAUCAUCUGGGACAAGUGUGUGGUGACAGGUAAGAUGGAUGAAAACCAGUUUGUGGCAGUGACCAGCACCAACGCCGCCAAAAUCUUCAACCUUUACCCCCGUAAGGGUCGUAUCGCUGUGGGUUCAGACGCUGACCUGGUGCUGUGGGACCCUGACAUCACAAAGAUAAUCUCUGCCAAGAGCCACAACUCGACUGUGGAGUACAACAUCUUUGAAGGCACAGAGGUGCGUGGCGGGCCUCUUGUGGUGAUCAGCCAGGGCAAGAUCGUCUUGGAGGAAGGGACCCUCCACACCACUGAGGGCUCAGGACGCUUCAUGGCCCGGAAACCUUUCCCUGACUACGUUUACAAGAGGAUAAAAGCUCGCAGCAGGCUGGCUGAGCUAAGAGGUGUACCCAGAGGACUGUACGAUGGUCCUGUCUGUGAGGUGUCAGUUACCCCAAAAACUUUGACUCCUUCCACCUCUGCCAAGACCUCACCUGCCAAGCAGCCCAACCAGCCUGUCCGUAACCUGCACCAGUCUGGAUUCAGCCUAUCUGGUGCUCAGGCUGAUGACAACAUUCCUCGCAGGAACACCCAGCGCAUCGUGGCACCACCUGGUGGCAGGGCGAACAUCACCAGCCUGGGUUAGAGCUCCAUCCUCAGCUGCAGAGGAGGGAAACAAAGCUUUGAGGAAGGACGUCCUGAAGGAGCUGAGAGGUCGAGAAACCCUGUAAUGAGACCCUGGAGCCGAACUCUUCACAGCCCCUGGAACGGACAUCUGUCAGCCUCGAACUUUCACCUCCUCCUUCGCAGCUUUUCCACACACCCACUCUCCUCUCCAAAACCUGAUCUUAGAGGACACAGUUAGAAACAAAAAAAAACAACAA